CGCCGCAUGCAUGGCGCCGUCUGCGUGUACGCGCACGCGUUGGAGGCCGGGAUGCGCCUCCCGCUGCACCCGUUCUUCCUGGACGUUCUCAACCACUUUAACCUCGCGCCGACGCAGCUCGCGCCCAACGCUUGGCGCAUCAUGGCGGGCUUCCUUGUGCUCUGCCACUUGGCCCGCGUGCCGCCGCCCCUCGCCGUGUUCCGGCGUUUCUUCCUGCUCCACCACAAGCACAAGAUAGCCUGGUACUUCUUCAAAUCCAGGCGCGGCUCCGGCUUGCGCAUCACGGGGUUGCCGGAUUCCAUCAAGGGUUGGAAGAGCGGGGUUUUCUUCCUUUAUUCGGCGAACCCGUGGCCUUGUCCGGUGGAGUGGGGCAAGCCGUCCAAGAGCUCUCUGGUGGACCCUGUGCUCUCCGCCGAAGAUAGGGAAACGGAGGCGAAGUUGCUGAGCGCUUACGGAGCCUCCCCUGUUGAUCUUAGAAAGUAUCUUUGCCGCAGCAAUCUUGCCGCCGCCAUGAUAUCUCCCUUGUCGGCGCCGAAGUCUUCAUCACCGGAGCCCCCGGUAUUGCAGCCGUCGCCACCACAGCCCCCGGCGCCGUCAUCACCGGAGCCCCCGGCACCGAAGCCGUCGUCACCGCAGCUCCCGGCGCCGUCAUCACCGCUGGCCCCGGCACCGAAGUCUUCGUCACCGCAGCUCCCGGCGCCGUCGUCACCGGAGCACCCGGCACCACAGCCUUCAUCACUGCUGUCCCCGGCACCGCAGCCUUCGCCUUCUUAUACUGCUACCAAAGGGAUGGAUCCUGCAGUCUACGUCAUGAUGAAAGCCAUGCUGUCGGCGAACAAGGUGAAGUCCGAGCCGGACGGCAACACGACGGGGUCGUCGGCGUUGCGUGGGAAGAAGAGGAAAUUGGACGAAGCAUACGGUGACGACGGCCCGCCUUCUUAUAUGUUGCCAAACACUCAGCCUACUCCCCAUGACAGCUCCGACGGCCCGCCUGGGGGGUUCUCCCGGAGCCGGAAGAUGCGGCAUAUUCCCAGCGGACACGACGGCGACAGCAUGGACCGGGAAGCCGCACGGGAGAGGCUGCGGGGCGUCGUCCCUCCGCAGCUGGAGCGCGUGUUUGCGGCGACCGAGCCCUCCGACAUCGUCAAGUCUACAUACGUCGCUAUUCUUCAGGCAGCGAACCACGCGUCCUUCUCCUUUUCCUACGCGCUGGAGCUGGACACGGAGAACGCCGCACUGCGGACGCAGCUGCAGAAGACGGAGGCCAAGCUCACCGCGGCGGAGGCGAAGGUGCAGACGGUGAAGGCCGAGCUCGCCGUGCGGCAGCGCGCGCAGGACGCGAUGGAUGGCUACGAGCGCUGGCGAGGCGCAGACGCCGGGCGGAGGACGUGAAGCGCGUUGCGUGCUUUGGGUAGAGGCAGUCCGGCAGAUAAACGGCCGCUUGACUACCUCAUCGACUGAUCUUUUGGAGUUCUCGUCUUAUUUUGCAUGUUCCCGGGUUAUGCUGCAGGAUUUGUUUGUUGGUAUUCGCAAAACAAAAGUGUAUAAUUUGUCGCCGCAAUGUUUUCAGAUCUCCA